AUGACAGACGACAAACUACCCAUCAAGAAAUCGGGAGCCUUAAACUGCGAUGCAGGGAAAGCGCGCUUCGACAUAGAGUUCGGAAAAUUGCAGCCGUUAUCCGGCUGCGUCGAGAAAGCAAGUUCAGAGGCUCCAGACACCGAGGAGCCAAGUAACACAAUUAACGAGAAGCGACUCCUACGACGUAUUGAUCUCACUAUAAUCCCUUGGCUGGCCAUUCUGUACAUGCUGUGCUUUCUGGACAGGUCGAAUAUCGGAAAUGCGCGCCUGUACAAUUUGGAAGCAGACCUCCAUAUAUCGGAUGCCCAGUAUCUGAUUUGUCUUUCGUUGUUCUAUGUGCCAUACGUUCUCUGUGAGGUACCUGCAAAUAUGUGCCUUAAACGCACGAGACCAUCGAUUUGGCUACCAAUUUUAAUGCUUCUAUGGGGCAUUACCAUGACAAUGCAGGGUCUUGUCCAUGACUACGGGAGUUUGCUAACAACCCGAAUCUUUCUCGGCAUCUUCGAGGCCGGUUUCUAUCCUGGUGUUGCAUUUUAUAUGUCUUGUUGGUAUAGACGUGACGAAUUCGGACUUCGUUUCGCAAUUUUCUACUCCGGGACUUCCAUUGCGGGUGCAUUCAAUGGAUUUUUCGCUGCGGCAAUUUCAAAUAUGGACGGCGUCGCAGGGAAACCUGUCUGGGCCUGGAUAUUCAUUUUGGAAGGCCUUAUCACCGUCGUGGCGUCUACUGCGUCGUUCAUUAUCAUCCAAGACUAUCCCUCUACCGCCCGCUUCCUUUCCGAACAGGAGCGUGUUUACAUUGUUCACCGUCUACAAACAGAUGAUCAAUUCUCCGACUCCGAAGAACAGCUGAGAUGGCGUGAUGUUCGGAGUGCUUUCACAGACUGGAAGACGUGGCUUGGAGGGCUCAUCAGUUGCGGCUCAACUGCUGGAAACAAUAACAUGUCCUUUUUCCUUCCGACCAUUAUUUCUCAAUUAGGCUUUACGGCGAAUAAGGCAAAUCUGCUCACUGUGCCUGUGCACCUUGUAGCUGCUGCAGUUUCGUGUCUCGUUAACUACUCUGCUGACCGUUUUAGAAUACGUGGACUCAUUUCUAUUGGACUGUUCGUCUUUGCAUUAACGGGCUGCCUUAUGCAGAUGCUUUCUAGAAAUGCGGCUCUCUCGUACUUUGCAACAUACAUGAUUGCAUUGUGGGGGCAUCUAAUUUCCGUAUACCCUGCAACUGCGAACAUACUAGCAUGGUCAUCGAACAAUAUCCAUAACUCGUACAAGCGUAGUAUUUCCGUUGCAAUCAUAAUAUCGAUGUCAAAUGUAGUGGGAGUUAUUUCCAUCAACUUGUUUCGCGAGCAGGACGCUCCUCGAUACACUCCCGGAAACUCUUUUUCUGUCGCUGCUACUGUAGUUGGUCUCGUCAGUUCGAUAUCUCUCCACGUUUUAUUACGCAGAGAAAAUGCACGUCGUGACCGUGGAGAACGCGAUGAAGUCAUUGGAGACGCUGUAGACACUUAUGGCGAUAUACGGAAUGGUCGGUACGACAGCGUUGAAGCUGCGAAAAGAGAUAAGGGAGAUGAAUGGAUAGAAGUGCAGUCCCCUUUGACCCUUGAGGUAGAACCAGGAAAGUAA